AUCCGAACGCUUGUCCAGCAGUCGCACAAGUCGCAGAUCUGUGUGGUCGCGGUACACACAAUCUAUCACACAGGAGACCACCAGAAGAUGCCGUGGAACGCGAACAACAACCCGGCAGGCGAGAUCCGCGCGCCCGCCAUGGCGGCGGUGCUCCGUCUCAAGAAGCAGCAGCAAGGGUCCAUGGACACAGGCGUUGUCUGGACGCGCUCGCUGAGUGUCGAGGAGCUGGACGAGCUGGACAUCACGUCUGAGCAAUUGCGUCAUUGCGCGUUGGUGCAUCCGGAAGACUUCCCCGUCGAUGCUUCAGGCCCCGACGGCGCCGCUCUGCUUCACCCUAGACUGCACGCGCAGUUCGUAGUAUCUGUACGUCCGCAUGAUGCAGUCCCACGUGGCUCCAUCGCCUUAUCACAACCACAAAUGAUCAAUCUGGAGCUCUGCAGGCUCCAAACGGAGAAUUGGACGCUCUUUACUGAUCGAGUGCCUACUGCAAAUGCAGUGGCAAUUGAAAUUCGCCCACUGCUAGAGGAACAAGACGGGGAGGGCAGUGACGAGGAUAUGGGUGUUGCAACACAGCCACCAACAGCUCCGAUCGUGACGGAUGCCAAGGAGUUUGCAGCAGCAUUCGCCAAGUUUACGUGGCAACGAGUACUGACUGAGCAUGAGCGACUUGUGAUGCCGUACAAGGAUGGCCGCAACUAUUUCGUCCGCGUACUGGAAAUCGAUGCCGAGGACGAGGACGAGACAGACUUCACGAUGCCGGACUCGUAUCGCGGUCGUGUGGACGAAGACGUUCAGGUUUUCGUAUCGUCAGAAGGAGGCCAAUCUCCGGCGUUUGAGCUGUUAAACGUCACGCCAAUUAGUUCUGCUGGACUGGCGUCUAUGCGCUCGGAUGUAGUCACGGUACUCACGAAUGACGAGGAGGAGUUCCCCGUCAAGAAGAAGCUGCUGUUCCCAUGUAUUAAACUGUCGUCGGCUGUGCUAUCGGGCAAGGGGGUACAUAAGGACGCAUCUACUACAAUCGAAGUGGACGUGGACUGCUGCACAUUUGAUCGCGUUCUUCUGUAUCUUGAGCACGAAGCUCGUAACGACGGCACCGAGUUUCAAUUCGAUCCCUCAGUCACAGACGAUCUGUUAGCUGCUGCUAUCACGGUGGGGUGUAUCGGUCUACAGGAGGUUUGUCAGCGACGCUUUGGCGAGUUCGAGACACGCGUGCGUAAGGAAGCUAUUCGCUGGGAGGAGGUUGUUCACCGCAAUGAGGCGGGCGAGGUGUGGCUUGUUAUGCAAGGAAUGGUGCUGGACAUUACACGUUGGAUCCCUGAACAUCCCGGUGGCUCCGAGUUAAUCGCCCAGGAAGCGAUGAAUGUGGACUCGACCGUCAUGUUCGAGAUCUACCAUGCCAGUCGCCAGUCUUUUCGUUACCUCAAGCAGUUCUACAUCGGAGAACUCUCUGAGUUUGACAUUUCUGCCAUGCCCAAAUCGAAAGAACAGCCUUCUGAAGCAUUUAUUCAAGAGCUGCAGCAGUACACGACGUGGCGCAUUAAACCGCAGGAGCACAGCUUCAAAAGCUUUUAAUGGUGGCUCGUUAUGAUGAAAGAAAUCCCUAUUUGUUAGCAUUUACUCCUACUGUUCUUGUAGGACACUGUGGAAGAUGAGGAGCAUUUCGGAGUACACACAGUGCCUCCGAUGUGUGUGUAUUGACUUGUUGUCCCACAGCGUAGUAACCAUCAAGUACAGGUUGAGCUGCUGACGACCCAAG